AUGUAUGAUCAACUAAGAUCAAUUGAAUUAUCAAUAUAUGCUAUUGUUGAUAUGCAUGGAGCUAAUGUUAUCCGAACAUGGACACGUUUAGCUUCUGUAGCUAUUAUUGGUUCAACACAAAUUAUUAUUCUUCAUCCUGUAGAUUGGCCAAUAGACAGCACAAUUGUUAUUACAACAAUAGGAAAUUAUUUAACUCAAGGAAAAACUGAAAUAUGUACAAUAACAGCUAUAUCAUCGAAUGGACUUACAUUAACAUUAGAUUCAGCAUUAGUCAAUACUCAUUUAGUUGAACUUCGUGCUGAAGUUGAUUUUCUAUCUCAUAAUGUUAUCUUUCAAGGCUCAGUUACUCCAUCAUCGAAUUUAACAAUUGAACUUUGUCUAACCGGUUUUAAUCCAGGAAUUGGUUCAGAUCAAUAUGGUGCAACAAUUAUGGUAUCCAAUGGUGGUCAAGCUUUUCAUCUUGGUCAAUAUCCAAUACAUUUUCAUAUGAAUGGAAAUAUGAGUUUAUCAUAUAUUAAAUCAUCUGCUAUUCAUCAAACAUUUAAUCGAGCUGUUAAUAUUCAUACAAGUCAUUAUUUUACAGUUGAAAAUAAUAUUAUCGAUGAUAUAAUGGAUGGAGUGUUCUUUUUGGAAGGCGAUGCUGAAGUCGGUAAUGUUUUACGUGAUUACUAUCCAAAUAAUAUUGUUGAAAAUAAUGCUGUUGCUAGUGAUACUCAUUUUGGUUAUUGGUAUUGUAUGGUUCGAACAUCUGAUGGACAAUCAUUUGCAAUAUAUCGAAAUAUUUGUCCAUAUCGACAAAUAUUUGAUCGAUUUGUAAACAAUAGUGUACAUAGUGUAGGACGUUUUGGUGUACGAAUUUUUCUUGAAUAUUCACCAACUGUAGCUGGUAGUCGUUCAGCUGAUACACCAUAUCAAGCAGUAUUUGAUGAAUUAAUAGCAUGA